AUGCUGAGCUGCAAGCGGCAAUCACAGCUGGCCUCCCAUGAUUUGCCACAGUUCUAUCUUCUCGUGGUGCUAUAUUUUCUCCAGGGUAUACCUGUCGGGUUGGCUUUUGGUACCGUGCCAUUUCUAUUAAAAUCAGUAGCCAAAGAUACUUCAUUCACCAAGCUUGGUGUUUUUUCCAUGGCCACCUAUCCAUAUUCGCUUAAGAUAUUGUGGUCGCCUAUAGUUGACUCUAUCUUUAACCCCAAGGUUGGUCGUCGUCGAUCCUGGAUUAUUCCAAUCCAAUUUAUCUCUGGCCUGAUGCUUUGGAUAGUUGGGUAUCUGAUUUCAAAAGGAUUGCUCUUUGAGGGGGUGGAUGCUGCAUAUAAUGUGUCUUCUCCAGAUACCUUGUCUGAUAUUAAUGUUACAAGCUUAACUGUGUGCUUCUUUGUUUUGGUUUUCCUAUGUGCUACACAAGAUAUUGCAGUAGAUGGGUGGGCAUUAACUAUCCUAUCUAAGCAAAGCUUGAGUUACGCUUCAACGGCUCAGACUGUUGGUUUGAAUACAGGGUAUUUUUUGAGUUUCAGCAUCUUUUUGAGUUUUAACUCUGGGCAUUUUCUAAAUAAGUAUAUUCGGUCCACUGCUCAAGAUUAUGGGUUGGUUAGUUUCAGUGGAUAUUUAAAAUUAUCAGGAUGGAUUUAUAUGCUUGUGACGUUAUACGUUGUAUUCUACACCACCGAACACCCAGUUACGAGUGGGGGAUUGCCAAUGGCUAGUCUAAAGAAAGAUGAUGAUGAUGUCAAGGAAGUCGAUAUGGUCAAUUCAUCUGGGCGUCCAUUCACCCCAGUUGAGUACGAAGAUAAUUCACCAAUUGAAAAGGCAUCUGUGAUAUCCGUUUAUAAAUCCUUUAUUAAAGUUUUAAAGCUACCUGCUGUUCAAUCGUUAAUUAUAUUGCACUUCAUUUCAAAAUUUGCCUUUCAAUGCAACGAGGGUGCGACAAGCUUAAAGCUCUUAGAAAAGGGCUUUAAGAGAGAGGAUCUGGCGAUCACUGUUUUAAUUGACUUUCCAUUUGAAAUUAUCUUCGGUUACUAUGUUGCUAAGUGGAGCUCAGAAUCCAACAAAGAUGAACCUAAGACAACCCACCCUAUAAUACGGUCGAUUGUCGGUAACGCUGGCGUAUUGACUCCGUGGCUUGUGGGUUAUUUGGGAAGAGUUAUUGCUGCGAUUCUGGGAAGUUAUGUUAUAGCUCAAUUUCCAGUAGAUGGCCGAAUUACGAAGAGGUAUUUCCUGUUAGUUAUUAUCCAAAAUUUGUUGGGAUCUUUCAUGGCAACUGUCCAAUUUGUGGGAAUGUCUGCAUUCCACACACUUGUUGCUGACCCAUUGAUUGGAGGCACUUACAUGACUUUGUUAAAUACAUUGAGUAACUUGGGAGGUACAUGGUCUCGGUUUUUGGUCAUGACGAUGAUUGACCAUUUUACAACUUACGAUUGUAAAGGCAUUGAAGAUAAUAUUGUUACCAUUACAAAACAGCAGUGUUUGAAAAAGGGCGGCCAACCUAUCAUAAUUAGAGAUGGGUACUACGUAACAAACUUCAUAUGCAUAUUCGUUGGUCUAUUUCUAUUUUUCACUUACACCAGAAGAAAAGUGCAAUAUCUACAGGCAUUACCAAUUUCUGCAUGGAGAAUUUAG